AUGUGUAAUAGUCAUAGAAAUUCAUCAACUAAUCAUUUGAAUAGUUCUAUGAAUGGAACAUUGACAAAUGAUCCUUUUAAUCAUGAUGUAUAUAUACAAUCAUCAUUACAUAGAACAAUUGGAAAUUCUAUUGUUUAUUCAACAUAUACGAAUUCAUAUUUAUCACCUAUAUAUGAUCAUAGUUAUUAUGAUGAUCAAUAUCGAAAUCAACAAAGGAAUAUGAAAUUCUAA